CGAUGUCCUUGCCCUGCCCAUCUUCAAGCAGGAAGAGUCCAGUUUGCCCCCGGAAAACGAGAACAAAAUCCUGCCUUUCCAGUACGUGCUGUGCGCCGCCACAUCCCCCGCCGUCAAACUCCACGAUGAAACGCUCACCUAUCUCAACCAAGGGCAGUCCUACGAGAUCCGGAUGCUGGACAACAGGAAGAUCGGGGAGCUGCCGGAGAUCAACGGGAAACUGGUGAAGAGCAUUUUCCGGGUGGUGUUUCAUGACCGGCGCCUGCAGUACACGGAGCACCAGCAGCUGGAGGGCUGGCGCUGGAACCGGCCCGGCGACAGGAUCCUGGACAUCGAUAUCCCCAUGUCCGUGGGCAUCAUCGACCCCAGAGCGAACCCGACACAGCUCAACACGGUGGAGUUCCUAUGGGAUCCCUCCAAGAGGACUUCUGUGUUUAUCCAGGUGCACUGCAUCAGCACGGAGUUCACCAUGCGCAAGCACGGGGGAGAGAAGGGGGUGCCCUUUCGGGUGCAGAUCGACACCUUCAAGGAGAACGAGAACGGGGAGUACACGGAGCACCUGCACUCUGCCAGCUGCCAGAUCAAGGUCUUCAAGCUCCUCUUUGUCAAUGGAGUCCGGAUGCCGCUGAGGUUACGAAACCAGUAA